GCAGGAAGGGUGCCUCACAAUGACAACAGUAGAAGCCAAAGCUGAAGAGGAGGACAAAAAGGAAUCAGACUCAGUGUCAGUUCCAGAUCCAGAGGCAGCGCCCACACCAGCAUCCGACCCACCGAGCGGGUCGGACUCCCCAGAACAAGAAGGCUUCUUCAAUCUGCUGACUCAUGUGCAGGGAGGACGUAUGGAUGAGCAACGUUGUGACAUUCAAAUUGUACAUAGCAAGAGUGGCUCAGACCUAGAAAAGAGUGAGUUCUCCAAUCUGGAGGACAGCCCCAGCCCCCCUCCAGAGAUGGACAACUUCAUGGAAAUGCUGGCACAUACUCAGAGCCGGCGAAUGGACGAUCAGAGGGCCAGCUUCAGCUACCUUCCCGGUUUUCAGAACAGUGACUCCAAUGCCAGCAACCAAUCAUCCUCCGGGGCUACCAAGAAAUGAGAUCCUGCCCAGCCCUGCUCGGGAAAGCAGCAGAGAGACACCACCAUGAUGCCACUAAGCACAGCACUGAGCCUGUCACCCAAGACCAUCCUCUCACUAUCAGCCCCACACGCUUGCUGUACAUGCCCUUCCAUUCUAAUAAACGUGUCC